GAGCGAAGUAGUAGAAAAAGGGGGCUUGUGUGUGCACUUUCUCUUUGUCUUUGAGAGGUGUGUGGGUUGAGCAUGAUUUGACAGAAAGAAAGAAAUCAAAAAAAAGGAAGGAAGUGAAAUAACUGAAAAGCGCUACACAUCUUUCGAGGAUUUCUUUUCAACAUUUUUAAAGAGGAACUGUCAUUUAGUCAACAUUUCUUAAGAACAUGCUGGACAUGGAAACACAUGUCAGAUAUCACUGACCUCUGAUGAGACACUGUGCUCACUUUUAAGGACUUAAAGGGACUUAAUUGAGGAGAAGUCAACAGUCUUGAAGAGAUUUUUCACCAAGAAAAAGUCUUGCUUUACUUAUGACUUCUUGAGACUUCAACAGCUGGAUCAAUCUAAAGGUUUUUAAAGUUCACUUUGGGAAAAUAUUACAGGAUAUUUCAUUGAGAGAUUUAAACAUUUCUGGUUAUUCUAUGGACAUAAGAUGAUUUUCUUCAACCAAUUUACCAUAGAAUUACACUCCUUUUAGUUGUUACUUAUUUGCUAGUGAAUGUGACAUAAGUGGUGACUUGUGAGCCAACUGUUGAUAUGUACUGCUGAAUAUUGUAUCCAAUUCUCAAAGGAUACACUGACUCAAGAUUGAUUAUUUUCGGCUUCUAUUUCUUAGUCUAGAGGGAGAGGAACUGAGAGGAAAACAUAUUCAAAUCCUUUUGUAGAAACCUUCAAAAUACCCUCAACUAGCUUACCUGCAUAUUUACUUACAUCAUGUUUUCAGACCUAAUAAACCAGAAAGAGGAAAAGAAAGACGGCGAGAUGGCACAGAAAGAGCAGUUCCGUGUUAUGACCGGGGACCAUCUUGGGGCCAAAGCCAUUGCUGGGGCCCCUGCAGCAGGUGGAGGAGUGGUGGUGGAGGUCAGGGAGAAGAAGGGUCCUCUGCGGGCUGCAAUACCCACAAUGCCAUUCCCUUUGGCUGUCAUCUGUCUGUUUCUGAACACCUUCAUACCUGGACUCGGUACCUUUAUCUCAGCGUUCACAGUGCUGUGUGGCGCUCGCAGCGAGCUGAUCUCAGAACGAGGUGUUUGUUGUGUGUUCUGGCUCAACGUGGCAGCAGCCCUCAUCCAGAUACUGACAGCUGUUAUCAUGGUUGGAUGGAUCAUGAGCAUCUUCUGGGGAAUGGACAUGGUCAUCCUGGCAAUUUCUGAUGGAUAUAGAGACCAGGAUCUUCCUCAGGAUGUCUGAGAUAAGUUGCCUUUAUGUUUGCUGAUGGAUCACAUGGACAGUGGCUGCCGGUGGCCUUUGUCUUUGUGAUGACCUGUGGCGGUUUGUCUUUCAAAUGCCGGACCAAAGAGAAGAGACGUUCAAAUAAAUUAGCCACACAGGGAAAUAAAGGAAAGAAUCAGCUGACUGCUUCUGGUUGCACACUGCUGAUUGGUUGAGACCACAUUUACAUUUAAGUUUAAUGAUAAGGACAAGGAAAAAGAGACUAAAUCUGUACAGUCACCAGAAAAACAAUGUGCCGUUGAGUAAUUACUGUAUAAGAGUGAUUUUUUUUUUUAUUCUGUCUUUUGAUCUUUUUUAUUUGAUCUUUUUGAAAAAAAACAUAAAUCUGUAAAAAAAAAAAAAACUAGACCAGACUAAAUGUUUCCUACAUGCCAGGGUGGAGAAAAGGUAGAAGAAAGGAAGAUGUGUUGGCAUGACUGUGUUAGAAAAAUUAAGAUAUUGAUUUGCGAGCUUUAUUUCUGUAUUUUUAACAGUUUUUCCCGAACCAGCGUCACCAGUUUUCACUGCCCCUGAAUUGGCUGCCCGGUGCAGCAGUCGCUCCGCUUAAAGCAGUUUAUUUCAGGUUUAGAUGUUACUGGAUUUAUUGGCGAGUGUUACUGUAACAUGGUCUGUUUG